GCAUCUAUGCAUCAUGAGCUCCAACGAUACGCAACCCCAGCUCCGAAGCAGCAGACUCAAGUGUGUCUGCGAGUUCUGUAACCGACGCUUUGCAAGGAAGGAGCAUCUAGAACGACACCUACGCAUACAUACCAAGGAAAAGCCCUUUCGUUGCCCGUGUGGAACUUCAUUUACGCGCAAGGACCUUCUGAAACGUCACACAAAGAUUAAUCAUCCAGAUGAGGAGCAUCCAACCUCGGCCAAUGUGGCACCAAAGACCCCGCACCACACUUUCAUUCCCUACUUGUCUCCGGGGCAUUCGGAGUCAAGGCCUUCUUGUUCUACUCAAAAGCCGCCAAAUCAUGCAUCCUCUGGUAAUACCGAGCGACUUCAGAAACUAUCGGGUAGUCCGAGCCUCGCUGUCAACGGCGUUGAUGAUCAAAGUUUAGGGAUUGCGCCACCCCCGGAUCUUGGCCAAGCAGGGAUCGCUACAGAUCUUACAAAUUGCCAAGAACAAUCUGUUUUGCCACAGGACAGCUUUGAUCACUUUGAUGAUUUCGCCAACUUCUUGGAUCUAAUUGGGCUGCCGGCGGAUUGGGCUCCCUUGGAUCUGGAAAUUGAAAGUCCCUUGGAGAAUCUCGAUGCACCUAAUCCUGAACCCCCCAUGGAAGGAGAAAGUCAUCUCGACGAUGGUCCCUUCCGGUCCUGGUUACCCUCUGUCCCAUCUUUGGGACAGGGGGAGUAUGCUUUUCAUGAUGCUGAGUACCAUCACGCAGUAGAAGCUAACUCCACUGUUAGAGUGGAUGAGUACCAUAGGACUCAUCUCAUUUCUCUUCUGGAGACCUACAAAGACAUCCUGCCCAACUUCAGAUUACCCUCACGACACACGCUUACCCGCUAUAUAAGCAGCUUUUUCCAGGGGUUUCAUACUCAUUUGUUAUUUAUACAUUUGCCAACACUUCGAAUAAACGAUCAGUCUCCCGAAUUUAUCCUAGCUAUUAUGGCGGCUGGAGCACAGUACCGAUUCGAGCAUCAGAAUGCGCAGAGGUUCUUCAAUGCAGCGAAGGCAAUCGCCUUACGAAAGGUUGACUCUAUGCCUACCAAUCACAAGAGUCCGGAGGUCUUUGGCGUGACCAAAGAGGGCGCAGGGGUCAAUGAUCUGUCAGAAAUCGACAUCAUCCGUACGCUGCUUGUUCUGAUGGGAUACUCGACGUGGGAGUGCGGGAGCUACCUAGAAGAUGCGUUCCGGCUGCGUGAUAUUCUUAUCACCAGACUAAGGGCGUCAGGUCUGGAUGAAACAGGUCAAGAUGAUAUCCAGCAUGAUGAACCAAAUUGGGGGGGUUGGAUCAUAGAUGAGACUAUUCGGCGGACAAAACUGGCAGCUAUUUUCUUUACCCAGGUCCACAGCAUUGCUUACAAUAUUUAUCCCACAAUCCGGAAUAACGAGGUGAAGCUACGGCUCCCCUGCCCGACCAAAUUGUGGAAUGCUGCCACACCUGGUGAAUGGGGAUAUAUCAUGCGAUCGAUCGAUCGCAAGCAAGCGUUCUAUCAUCAUGCCGUGUCACAGCUCCUCCGUGACUCUGAUUCGGCCGGCGUUAUUAACCCAACGCCCUCGCCUUUGGGGAAUUACUAUCUUGUACACGGCCUUCUCCAGCGGAUUCAUAUUGUCCGAGAACUGGCUGUCGAUUUGGGCGACUCUUCGGCACUACUGCCUAGCGACGAACUUAAUAGGCUUGAACGUGCAUUGAACCUGUGGUCAACCAUGUGGCAACAGGCGCCUGAGUCCAACCUAGACCCCUCAAAUGAGAAUGGACCCAUUCCCUUUACUUCAAGCUCGCUACUUUCCCUAGCGUACGUUCGACUAUCACUGAAUAUCGGCCCAUAUAAGCGACUUGAAAGUCGGGACCCUGAUACCAUCGCCCAGUCUCUGAGCGACAUGCCUCCGGUUUGGCGAUGUGCACGCUUGACUCCUGCCCUCAUAUAUGCCAUCCACACCGUGAGUGUUCCCGUUCGGCUCGGGUUAGAUUAUAUUGCAAAAAGCCAGGCCUUCUUCUGGAGUGUGCGUCACGCCUUAUCGAGCUUUGAAUGUGUCAUUCUUCUGAGCAAGUGGCUUCAGGCUGUGGCUGCGGACCAGAGCAAACCGCUCAACACGAACGAAAAACGCAUCCUUCGCUGGGCCCGGCUAAUAGUCGAAGAAGCCUAUGAUUCCAUGGAUACCGGCGAGGGAGAUGUGCCUGGACGCGAGCCGGGGGAACUGGCCGCCGCAGUGCUGGGCAUAUGGUCUCGCUUUUUCAAACAGAACUCGCAGUGGAAGUUCAUCAACAUUCUCGGGGAAAGCCUCUCGAGAUACGCACAGCUACAAAGGUUUGGUUAGAGGAGCCGAUAAGUGUUCAGCUUUCAUUCCUACCUUCUUACGAGAAAUGCGGCUCAAGAGAUGAUGCGUUAAGAAUUUCUAGAAUCCUUCUAUAUUUGUAUAUAACCAACGAAGUAAGCAAUGGUCUAUCACUUGAAUCAAACAGACGCGCUAGUGCGAGACAAGCAAGCUCUUC